ACAUUCUGCUGAAGUAGUAGUGAAUAUACAACCAGUUAAAGAUAAGAAAAUGUUUCUUACAAGCAAUGCAUCACAGUGGCUAAGCCAGCAGUGAACUCCAAGAAUGCCAUAACUUGUUUUUCUUGCAAGACCUUAGUCACACAUGCUCAUAGAUGUUAUAUAUAAUGUUGAAGAACACUCAACAACAUUAAUUGAAGAUGAAGAUAAAAUCCCAUUCUUCCUUCUUCCUUCUGUUUCUCAUAGCCAUUACUCACACAAAUGUUUGUUUAGCAGAAUGUGAUAACGUGAAGGACUAUUGCCCUACAAGUACGAAACCCCAAAAGCAAGCCAUAUUCAUCAAUGGCCUCUCCUGUGAGAACCCAGAUAACACAAGCGCCCAUGAUUUCAAGAGCAAUGAGCUAAGCAAACCUGGUUCCAGGGACGAUUUCGGUGCACUGGUUAAAAUUGUUACUGCUUCCAAGUUUGUGGGGCUCAACACACUUGGCCUUGCAAUUGGUAGAAGUGACAUUGAAGUGGAUGGGCUUGUGAACCUCCACAAUCACCCCAGAGCCACUGAGAUGGUGUAUGUGAACCAAGGUAGGUUGCUGGCUGCGUUUCUCAACACCCAAAACCAGCUCUUCCAGAAGAAUCUCAAUGCUGGUGACGUCUUUAUCAUCCCCAAGGGCUUGUUCCAUUUCUUCCUCAACCGUGGUGAACAAGUUGCAACUCUGUUCUCAGUCUUCAACAGCCAAAAUCCAGGGCUAGGAUCACUCUCCGCCCAACCCUCUCAAUCUGAAAACACACUCCAAUUGGUUGAGAAGAUAAAGAUGAAGCUCAAUUCACUCUCUCACUCACAACUUCAUGGUGAUAGUGAUUUGACUUCGGUGUUGCUGGAUAUCGUUUCUCACUAUUAGUUCAUAGUAGUGUAUUCACUCGUUCGAAAUUCAGUUGCCAAAAUUCACCGAAUCUCAAAUCAGGAAAACAAUAGAGUAUUUUGUUAUCUUUGCGUGUAGUGAAAUAUCACAAUUUCGUUUCAGUAAAUAGUUUCUACUUUUAUGACAAUGCAAGUAACCUAAUCCCAAGAGGAUUGGACAUAUACCCUUACGAUUUGCAAAAAAAAUAAAAAUUAUGAUUUCAAUUUUCAUAAUAAUUAAUAUGCAGUUAUCAGAA